AAAUAGAGGGUUUAUGGGUGGGGUUCGUAAUACCACGGUAGAUCAAGCGAGAGAGAGAGAGGCAUGUUCUCAGUGGCGAAGGGGCUGAAGAACAAUCUGAAGCUAUUCAACUUCCAGAGACCAUCCCUCCUUGUCUCUCUCCUCAUGGCCAACCCUAGGCUUCCUUCUUUCUCAGCUGCUUCUGCUUCGCCCACUCCAAAGCGACUAGUCGGCACUCACGACGGAAGCUUCCACUGCGACGAAGCCUUGGGCUGCUUCAUGAUUCGCCUCACCACCAAGUUCUCCGCAGCCGAAAUCGUUCGAACCAGAGAUCCUAAGGUGCUGGAAACGCUUGAUGCUGUACUUGAUGUUGGAGGAGUGUAUGAUCCGAGUCGAGAUCGCUACGAUCAUCACCAGAAAGGUUUCGAGGAGGUUUUUGGACAUGGUUUCACUACUAAGCUCAGUAGUGCUGGCCUUAUUUACAAGCAUUAUGGGAUGGAGUUAAUUGCAAAGGAGCUUCAGCUUGAUGAUAGACAUCCAGAUGUGCAUCGAUUAUACUUGGCUAUUUAUAAAAGUUUCAUGGAGGCAAUUGAUGCUAUUGACAAUGGAAUUAAUCAAUUUGACACAGACCAGCCUCCAAGAUAUGUGAAUAAUACAAAUUUGUCUGCAAGAGUUGGAAGAUUGAAUUUGGACUGGAUGGACCCCGAUCAGUCACCUGAGCAGGAGAACGAAGCCUUUCAACGGGCAAUGGCAUUGGCUGGCAGUGAGUUUUUGGAUAGUGUUAGGUUUCAUGCAAGAUCGUGGUUACCAGCACGGUCGAUUGUUAUGGAGUGUCUUGCAGAGAGACAAGGAAUUGAUCGCAGUGGAGAAAUUAUGGUUUUGAGCAGAUUUUGCCCUUGGAAGCUUCACCUGCAUGAGCUGGAGGAGGAGAUGGAGAUUGAUCCACCCAUUAAAUAUGUGCUUUACCAGGAUGAUAGGAGCAAACAUUGGCGGGUGCAGGCAGUGGCAAUAUCUCCUGAUAAAUUUGAGAGCCGCAAACCUCUCCCAUCUCAAUGGCGAGGCUUGAGAGAUGAGGAACUGUCAAAAGAGGCUGGAAUCCCAGGUUGUGUUUUUGUUCACAUGAGUGGGUUUAUUGGUGGAAACCAAACUUACGAGGGUGCACUGUCUAUGGCAAUAGCUGCUUUGAAGAUAACACCAUCAGAAGAUCUAAAAUGCAACCAAUUGGACGAAGCCCCAACAACAGAGUUGCAGAGAACAGAGAAGAGGCAGAAGAUUUAGUAAUUUUUGUUUAUUUAUUUAUUUUUUAUUAAUAUUUUGCGCGCAUAGCAGCAAAACCUUAGAAUUUUGCAUACUAAACAUGGUGGUGAUCACCUCGGCUGUAACUUUGCCGGAGAACUCUAAUAUGUAAUUUUGUUUCAACUCUCUCUCUCUCUCACACCAAUUUGGAGAAAUUUACAAUGUGCACCUUUUCAAAUAGUGCACAUUGUAAAAAAGUUAAGAUUUUUUUUAAUGAUAAACGUUAUGAUUGUUUGUGAUGUAUGUUAUGACAUUUUGUAGUAAAUUUAUGAAUAGCAAAUUUAUGAUGUGCAUCUUAAAA